AUGAUGACGUGCCGUCUUCUGUGCGCCCUGUUGGUACUCGCCCUGUGCUGCUGCCUGUCCGUGUGCGCGGCAGCGCCUACUGAGCAUACUGAAGUUAAAGCUCCAGUCGCCGCCAGUCCACAGUCCCUUGUACCAGAGGAACCACGUAAGGAGAUCGGUAACUCAGGGUCGCCAAGUAAGGAGUCCGGUGCGGAACAGGGAAGAGAUGCCGGAGCGGGACCAAGUUCGACCGCUGCAGGUCGGAAAUCAGUUGGCGUGUCUAACACUUUACAAAAUCAUGGUACGGACGGUACUCCAGUACCAGAAAUCGGCACGAGACAAUCCGCAGAAGAAGCAAAUCAGGAAGCCGAAGAUCCUGCCGAGAAGACCACGACGACUACAACAUAUGCACCAACAACGAUAACAACCACUACAACAAAGACACCAACUACGACUACAGAGGCGCCAAGUGCUACGGCCAGGAAUGCAGAGGCGCCAACCACGACGACGACCAGCGCACCGUCACGUCUUCGCGAAAUCGACGGCAGCCUCAGCAGCUCUGCGUGGGUGUGUGCCCCGCUGCUGCUCGCCGCAUCCGCGCUGGCGUACACCGCUGUGGGCUGA